CUUGACUGACUUACUGAAUGACUUGACUGACUUACUGACUUGAUUGAAUGACUUACUGACUGACUUGACUGAAUGAUCUGACUGACUGAAUGACUUGAGUGACUUACUGAAUGCCUUAAAGUUAGACUUUUUCACUGAAGAGGACCCUGAGCAGUGCCAAGAACAGUUGAUGCCUUACAGUCAAUUGUAUAACGUACUGUAGGGUAAAAUAGAAGUGAAAUCCCUUUCAGAAUUUAUGCACACUCCAGUACAACCAUCGACAUCAAUACCAGCACCUCUACCAUCCACCUCAGCCCAUAGGACCACAACAUAACUCUCCACUCUCUUCACAAUCAUCCACAAAAACCAGCAUCCACAAUUUAAGGUAUAGUAGAUCCACCACUAUGAGCGAAGUAACAGGACGUUUAGUUAUUCAGCAAUGUCUCAGUGCUGUUCUGAAGUUAUCAGGUGCUGAUGAAGAAGCACCAGACACAAUUGAGAUUGGUCGUGGUAUGGUCGCAUUUGUUUGCUUCCUUGAUAUGGCAUCAGAAGAAACAGUACGAAAGUUAACUAAACACUUGACCAACGUACGUCUCUCAGAAAAUGAUGCAGGCCGGCGUGUUUCAGUGUGUGACCUUCAGGGCGACAUACUCAUCAUUCCACAAGCAUCUUUAGGGGGUAGGCUGAGGGGCAAGUCUAUGCAGUAUCACAUGAAUGUUGACAAGGUACUUGGGAAGGCUCUGUACCAAAAAUUCUGCCAGAGUGUACGGACAGCUGUAGAAGAGGUGUCAAGUGGCAAUGUCAAAUGUGGAGUCUAUGGUGCAAGACAAAUCCUGAGCACAGAUACCAAUGGCCCAUUCACUCAUAUAAUAGAUGUGUGACUGUUUCACAUCUAAUGAAGGAAACUGAUAAUAUGUGACAUCUAAUUUUUGUCUUUCAGUUUCAAUUUGGAAAUUAACUGUUUUCCACUUUAACCUUUGGCAUUAAUGUAAGUGUUAUUCUUUACCUGUAUUUAUGUCAGAUGUGCUGAAUUACUGUAGUACUAGUGAUUAUUGCUGACUUCUGUUAUUAUUAAUUAUAGUAAAAUCAUUGCUAACUAAAAUCCUCACCCAUCUGAUGGAGUGAGGAUGCUAUGGGCAUCUGAACUGUGAUGUUAGUGCACUUCUGGCAAGACAGUGAUUGAAUGAAUGAUGGAGAAUACUUUUUUCUCUAUCAGUGGGUCACCCUACCUUGGUGGGAGAUGGCUGGUGUUAAAAUAAUUGUUUUUUUAACACGUCGGCUGUUUCCCACUGAGACAGGGUGACCCCGAAAGAAAGAAAAACCCAAAAAGAGAGAAAAAACUUUCAUCAUCAUUCAACACUUUCACCAUCAUUCAUACAUAAUCACUGUCUUUGAAGAGGUGCUCAGAUAAGGCAGUUUAGAUGUCCGUCCAAACAGCCAAAAUCCCAAACCCCUCCAUGAAAGUGUAGGCAUUGUACUUCCCAUCUUCAAAACUCAAGUCCAGCUAACUGGUUUCCCUGAAUCCCUUCACAAAAUAUUACCCUGCUCACACUCCAACAGCUCAUCAGGUCCCAUUCGUUGCCACUCCUGUCUAACACGCUCAUGCACACGUGCUGGAAGUCCAAGCCCCUCGCCCACAAAACCACCUUUACCCUCCCUCGAACCUUUUCUAGGACAACAACUGCCCUGGCUUCCUUUCCUUACAGAUUUAUAUGCUCUUCAAGUCAUUCUACUUUGUUCCACUCUCUCUAAAUGACCAAACCACCUCAACAACCCCUCUUCAUCCCUCUGACUAGUACUUUUAGUAACUCUACACCUCCUCCUAAUUUCUACACUAUGAAUUCUCUGCAUAAUAUUUACACCACACAUUGCCCUUAGACAUGACGUCUCUACUGCCUCUAGCCUCCUCUACGCUGCAGCAUUUACAACCCAUAUAAGAGUGUUGGUACCACUAUACUCAUUCCCUUCUUUGCCUUUGUGGAUAAUGUUUUUUUGUCUCCAGAGAUACCUCAAAGCACCACUCACCUUAUUUUCUUCAUCAAUUCUGUGGUUAACAAGUUAACUUCCAAAUAUCUGAACACAUUCACUUCUUCCAUAAUCCCUCCCUUCAAUGUGAUAUUCAGUUUUUCUAUAUCUAAAUCAUUUGAUACUCUCAUCACCUUACUUAUAUCUAUGUUCACUUUCAACUUUCUGCCUUUACACACCCAAAAAUGUAUCAAGUACAAUAUACUUGAUUUAAGUGCUGUUGGCUUUAGGGCUGUUUGUGUGUAGAUUUAUGUCAUGUUUGGCCAUUCCUCCCUCCCAGCGCAUAGAUAGAGAGAUGUAUAUAAUGAAAUUGUAUGGAAAACUUAAGAUCUGCUGAAAGGAUUCAAGAGCUGGUGGAAGGGAAUUGCAUAUUGCAUUGUAUCCUGUGAUGAUAAUUAAAAAAUAUAUAAUUAAAAUACAGUAACCUAUCACUAACUGAUUUUAGCAGUUUAGGACAAAAAUUGGUUUUACUGGACAUAUAAUUCCUGAAUACUAAAAACAAUGUUUGUUUAACCCGUAAACGGUCCAAACGUAUAUAUACGUUUUUUCUACAUUUGAAAGUAUGUAAAAAAAGUAGAUCUUUUUUUUUUUUUUUACAUUUGAAAACAUGUAAAAAACUUUGAUCUACUUUUUUUUUUGUUAUAUUUGGAAAUAUGUAAAAAAAACGUAGAUCUACUUUUGGAGCACUACGCAUAUGAACAUAGAUCUGCUUGGACCAUUUACGGGUUAAAGUGUGACUUUUUCUGUAUCAGUUAUUAUUAGAUUUAGGUUGUUGAAGGAGCAUGAUAUGAUGAAAUUAAGUUUCAUAUUGCUGUGAAUGUGAUAACACUGACUACUAAUGUUAUAAAUAUUUAGUUUUAUGUACGUAUAUAUAUAUUUCAAAUUUUUGAGAACAAAUAUAGUUAACCUUUCUCAAGAAAGGGUAAAACUUUUUGACUCUGUUUAUUUUUUUUAUUUUUUUUCUAGAAAGUCAAUGAUUAGGAUGUACUUAAUGGUGCUAACAGCUGGUGUAUAUUUAAGGAUAGAAAAAUAUUUUAAUAUUUGAAAUUUAUAAUAUUGUAUUCUUUUAAGCUAGUUUUAUAAUAUAGUUUUAAUCUCCUGCUCUAAAUAUGUAGCCACAGAGCAUUCAACAAUACAGAAAAAUAAAAUAUAAAAUAGAUAAUAUACUACAUCCAGUACACGUGUCUACCAUAAUUUCAUUAGAAAUGAGGACUGACGCGUAUAACACUAAAAUAAUUACUUAAAGAUUUUCCUUGUAUUUUUGCUUUUCUUGACGAAGAUUUUCCUUGUAUUUUUGCUUUUCUUGACAAAUUCUGUAUAGUGAGAGAAAUUUUUAAAGCAUCUAAAAACCUAUGAAUUGUUGGUCAGUACAGUAUUUCCACAAUAUGCAUAUUUCAUUUCAGAAUGAAAUGUCACAUUUCUAUCUUUAAUCUUCCCUUAAUAUAUUUGUUAUUUUGCAUCUCUACCUAUUAAGUCAUUUUUGCUUGGUUUACCAUAUUUCGCAGCUUAUUAGACGCAUUUUUUCCAUAAAAUGUCUCCAAAAACCACCCUGUGUACUAUAAACUGAAGGUCAGUGACGGGAGCUAUAAGUUUGAGGUGUGGGGUGGGCUGUAGCUCUCCCAGUUUCGUCCGAUGCCAAGCUACUGAAACUAAAACAAGUCUUAUAAGCCACGAAAUAUGAUAACAACAAUCUCUAAAUGCUGCUAUUAAAAAUCUGUAUUUUUGGUUAAGUAAUACACCAGGAUACGUGUUGUCAUUACGAUAGCAUAAUUUAAAAUUGACUUAUUUCUUGAGUAAUAAAAAAUAGUUAGAAGCAUAGUUAGAGACAGCUGUUUUUACAUGUAUGGAAGCUUUAGGGAACUGGGCAUUAUGAGUAAUAUUGAAGCCAUAUAAUCAUGAAAUUGUGAGUGUGGGAUAAAUAUUAUAUUAAUUAA